AUGUUGGCGUACCUGCACUUUCUACGUCUUCGACCGACGACAUACACGAAACGACGCAACAUGCUCGGCUUGCUUCCAUUCGACCAGCUUUUCGACAUCAUCUCUCGGUUGCGACGCAAUGACGUGUUGGAAUGCAUGUGUGUUUCGCGACAAUGGCACCAAGCAGUUCCUGAUUAUGCAAGCGAAUGCUUCCGUCAAGUGAAACUCGAUACAAAAAGAGACGAUCUAGAUUACAGCAGAUUACUGGAACGAGUCGGUUGCUAUGUCAACGUGGUUGUCUUCGAGAACUUCCCUGCUUGGAAAGGGAAAGCCUCCAAGGUUGCAUCGCUUCUCCCAAUCUUAUGCCCCAACAUCCACACACUACACCUUUAUCACAGCUUCAUUGAUAAACGUUUUGGGACGUAUUUGGGGAAGUAUCUGGCACAAUUACCUCGGUUCAUCCAUUUGGCAAUCACGCGUCCUGCUGGUGCACCAUCCCCAUCAUCAAAAUUCAUUCGUGCUAUUCUCGCUUAUUCACCACGCUUGAUAUCGAUCAGCCUUACGCGGGAUGCGCGUCCUGGAGCAUUGCCACGUGAUCUAUCUUUGUUACAUGCUCGGCUAUCAUUCUCUAUCAGCCUUCGGCAUUUGGAUAUGGCUGAUUUCUUCACUCACAUUCAUUCUCUCGAGCCGGUGCUGAGGAAUUGCCCGAACCUAAGAAGCUUGGUAGUGUAUAUGGGAGCCGAAGAUCUACAACAGGAAAUGGCAAUUUUGGCACGAUGGUGUCCAAGGAUACGGCAUCUUUAUUUUCCAUCGAAGUAUAACAAAGGGCCCAUACACAUUACACCAGCCUACUAUGCCGAAGAUGACGAUGACGAUGACGAUGACGAUGACAGUGCAACAACAGCCUCCAAAGCUAUCUCGUUGCGAAGUUUAUGGAUUCAAUGUAAAAUGGCACAGCACUUUUUGGACCAAAAACGAAUCAAGUAUCUACAUUUGGAUUACUAUUCUCUAUUUGGAUACAUUCCUUCGACACCACCUUCUUCUGUUCAUACCCUUUUCAGACAAAAUAGCAGCACACUUGAAUCGGUGGAUUUGCAAUUCGAUACUGAGACCUUGCAUACGUUCAUCAAAUCAUUUGUAUCCAUGGGCAACCUGAAAUUAGUUCGGCUUACUUUCAAUUGUCUUGGUGCUGGAUUCAGGGAUUAUCAAGCAGCCAUUGCUAUGUUGGAGGAAUUGGGCGGAGUGGCAUCAUCACAUGCAGGAAUCAAGUCCGUUUCUCUCGCAGCUACUUUUACCAGCCUGAAUUCAGCGCUCAUGUCCGUUAUGGCACAAAUACCACAUCUCAGGCAGAUUGAGGUUUAUACACCAAUGAUAGAUUCAUCCCUUUUUGCGUUGCUUUGCAAACAUGCAUCGGAUUUGGAAACAAUGAAAUUAUGGGGGUGUCCUUUGAACCUGACCGAAGACAUGUUUUUCUUAUUGGCGAGGAAACGGUUGCACCACCUUCAUUUCAGGUCAUCAUCCCUCCCACCGAGUACCAUGAGUGGAAAGGGGUUAAGAUAUUUGAUUGAUCAGUGUGAAGGGUCUUUGGAUACAAUGGCUAUCAUGGGCACUAUACAACCGGAUGAUGGCGGUGCCUGUAUUGAUUAUGCACGUCGAAAAUUGGGAUCACGCUUCAAACGUUCAAGAGAUAGAAGACUCAGGGCAUUCAUAUAG